AUGGAGCUAAACUGUGAUAUGCAUGACAAUGGACACAGCUCAUCGGCAAAAAGGUUGACAGGGAAAGUUGCACUUAUAACUGGUGGUGCAAGAGGGAUCGGAGCCGCCACCGCAAAACUAUUUGCUGGAAAUGGGGCCCAUGUUGUCAUCGCUGAUAUACUGGAUGAACUGGGGACAACCCUAGCUGAUUCUAUUGGUGGACGCUACGUACACUGUGACGUGGCAAAGGAAGCGGACAUGGAAUCAGCCGUGCAACUAGCGCUGAUGUGGAAAGGCCACCUGGACAUCCUGUUCAAUAAUGCCGGCAUUGGAGGACCCACUGGGAGCAUCACCAACCUCAAAAUGGACCACAUGACAGCUCUACUUGCCAUUAACAUGAACGGCAUUGUACACGGAAUAAAGCACGCAGCACGGGCUAUGAUCAAGGGAGGAAAAGGAGGCUCCAUCAUAUGCACAUCGAGCUCGGCAGCCAUCAUGGGAGGCCUAGCAUCACACGCCUACACGCUCUCCAAAGAAGCUGUUCUUGGAAUAGCAAGGAGCAGUGCUUGUGAGUUAGGCAUACACGGGAUUCGCGUGAAUUGUGUUUCGCCACAUGGUGUCCCUACGGAGAUGCUUGUGAGUGCCUACCAGACGUUCCUAGGGAAGAUGGAUUUGAGUCCCGAAGAAGUGAGUAAGACAGUGGGCAAAAAGGGAAGUUUACUGCGUGGGCGAAGUGGAAGUGUGGAAGAUGUUGCGCAUGCUGCCUUGUUUCUAGCGAGCGAUGAUGCUGGAUUCAUAACAGCACACAAUCUUGUUGUUGAUGGUGGCUAUACUUCUGGUUGCAGUCAAAUGAGUCACAUCUACCAAGGGUAAAUAUGUGGCUGCAUUAUAGGACGUGCACUACAAAGGAGUACUAACGAAUCAACACUUUCAUUCUAGCUAGCUGUUUAGUUUGGAUUUCCAAGUGAUCUAAUUCAUCAUUACAGUGCAUAAUGUUCAAAUUAUUCUUCAAAACGUCCCCAAUUAU